CACAGCUAUCUGAACAAAUUUCCACUCUAAAUGAGCGAAUGGAAGAAUUCACAUCAAGAAUUGAAGAGAUAAACUCUAAGCUUUCAAAUCAAAAAGUGUCUACUAGUCAGCAAAAUUUAGUUGAAGCCUGCAAUGGCACUCCUCUAUUCAUGUCUGGUGUAGGAAAUGGCCAAUUGACCGGUUCCCUUCUUCCCCAUUCCUCGUCUUCUCCCCAAUUACUCAGGGAGUCUCCAAUAAUGGAAGAGGUAUUACUCAUUGCUCGGGGACAGCGUCAAGUUAUGCAUCAAAUAGAUAAUCUUAGCAACAUCCUACAUGACUAUUUCGGAGAGAGGUCUCAACAAGGACGAGAAGGGAGAGCUAUGGGUGUUCAGUCGAUUGGAGUUCCUCUACUUGUUUCUUUGGCUAUUGGUGGCAUAGGUAUCUUCUUGUUCAAAUCUGUGUCAUCUCAGAAGUGAUCAAACUGGAGGGAGUUGAAAUAGGGUGUAGAAUAAAGAAGAAAUCUGAACUGUUAAAGAUAUCUAUAAAUUAUGUUGGAUUUCUUUCUUCUUUU